AAGAGAAAUGAAAUGCUGGAAAUGGGUCAGCAUAUAUAAAGACAAGUUCAAGGCAAAUGCGGUUUCAGAUAUUUCUUAUUAGCUGUGCAGAUAGCAGGUACCUGCAAGAAGUCGUGAAAAAUUAGCAGAAGAUUAUAGUGAAACAGAAUGUUAUCGAAUAUCGCAACAGGCUGGAUGAUAUUAUCCAUUCUCAUUUGUAAUUUGGUUCUUACAAACACGUAUCCCCAAUAUGAUAAUGUGUUUGCUCCAUCACAAUCCCAAGAACAACACAAUUACUACACAAACCCACAAUUGAACCGAAAGUUUGCAGAAAAGCCAAAUAGUAUCAAAAAAGUGGCUUUGGAUGACAUCGAUGAUAUUCAAACAAACCAGAUUCAAGACGGAGGCUUUUCUUGGUCUAAUAUGUUGGGAGUGCUCAUGCAGAUGAUGUUCAAUGGCGGAAAUACGGCUCCAACCAAGUCCGAUGACAUCGAUAACAGUGGAAGUUUCUCUCAAUCGCCAUGGGCUAAUGUAAUCUCAGUAGGACUGAAAAUCAUCACUGCCAUUCUCGGAGGAGGAGGUGCAAGCGACGGUAUUGAUAAAGUGGAUAACGGAAACUCGCCGAUGCAGAAUGUUCUCGCGGCCGUGUUUACAGCAAUGUUCGGUGCAAAGGACCCAGACCAAGUGAAUACUAUGGCCAAGCAAGCAGGAGAGUUCCUCAAUAUUGUCGUAACCCUACUGGAUGCUUUGAAAACAUCGUUCUCUCAUAGAUCGUUGGCGGCCAGAAAUCUAGGAAAAAAAGACUCGUUCAGCGAUGCGGCUAUUGCAAGUAUUAUUGUGUUGAAGACCUACGCUCGAUCAUAUCGUCAACCAGAGGACAAAUGUCUACAGAAGCAUAUUUGCGAUGCAAAUAAUGACUGCAUGAACGCAAUUGGAGGUUCUAGUAUAUUCUGCCAACUAGGAAACUACGCUACUAGCUAUGUUAUCGAAAGACAGUUCUCAAAAUCCUUCGAAGCCCUUUACGAAGCAGGACGAAAUGGUCGGAUGGGACUGAACUGUCGACAGCUGUACUUGGACUGCAAUGAAAUUUAAUUUUGGUUGAAAACCAAAGUUACCUGAAGGCGUUUGAACGAAACGAAUGGAAAAUAACUUAAGGUUGAUGGAACCACAGCAAAUAUUGCUCGAAUUAAUGAUUUUUAAGUCCUAAUUAUUCAUAUAACUAUGUAAACAUGUUUAUUUAUUUAUUUAUGUUUUUAUUUAAGUUCACACAAACAAAUUUCACAUGUUACGUGAAAUGUUGAAGCAUAUAUUUAUGUUCGCCAAUCCAAACUUGUAAACUACAACGUCGAAGUAAUGAAUGAAGAAAAAAAAUAAGUCUACAAAACUUUUACAAAAUGUAGACUUAAUUAAAAUACCUUAAUCGAAAAAUAACGACAUAUGUAACAUUACAAGUCAAAACAAAUAACAUUGUGUUUUGUCAAUAAAUCCGGAAAUCUA